AUGAAACUAAAAUGACAUAUUCAAAUGCACAUAGGAACGUCGAAUAGAUUUGUUGGUUUGACGAGCAAAUUCAAUACAACAAUUGAAAUCAAUCCUCCAUAUCCACAAGCUGCUGAGUUAAGGACGUGGGUCAAAACAAUUGAAACAAAGCUUGUUUCUUAUAAGAUGAAAAAUACAACUCCAAUAGGCUCUAUUAUGUUGAUUCCAUUUGAGGAUGAAGUUAUAUCUGUGGCUAACAUCCAGGCACAACCUCCGGGACAAGUAUUUAAUGUUGAGGCUGAAUUGUCCCUUGCAAGUAAGGACCAACGCUUUAGUGUGUUAGCAUGCUCAAAUUGUAAGCAAUUGUUCACGAGAUAUAAUGUGCGAAGGGAAAUAUACUGCACAAGUUGUCACCGAUCCACACAUCUUAUUCCUAGAUGUCAAUUUGAAGUUACUAUUAAGGACAACAGCGGUUUUGCAACAGCUAUUAUUUCGGAUGAAAUUGCAGAGAAAAUGUUGCACCUCACUUCAGAAGAAAUUUAUGAAAUUUGCUUCGUCAAGCCAUUGGCUGAGAACUUUAUGCCUAAGCUGUCAUGCGCACCUACCACAAUAGGCGUCACCGUUUUAGAACUGCUACAUGUGUGGCUCUAA